AUGAUGCGGUCGUGUCGCAGUUCCAUCAUCUGCGUUGCAGUCCUUUGCGUAGGGUUGGGUCUUGCCACCGUCACCCAAGCGGGCCGCGCCGAAGACGACAACGCAAACAACGUGGCUAACGUGACCCAGAGCGACACGCAACCGACCAACAGUUGCAACGGCACGCAGUCCACCACUUCCGACACGGGGACCAGCAUCCCUUGCACCGGGGGUGGAACGCUGCCAACGCAACAACCAGCGCUGAGAGGCAAAUUAAAUAAUGCGACGUGCGUGAGUGCGUUCUGCGAUGCGGUGGUGAGCAACAGUGCCGAGGAGCUGGAUGACGAUGUGAUUAACGCCACCGUCAGCAAGGGCGGCCACUCCCAGCAACACCACCAUCGAUCCCAUCUGUUACCGCCGGCACUGCUGGGGGAGGACGGGGAGGAAGGUGGGCGAGGGGCGGCCCUCGAGUACGGUGGCAAGAAGGUGGUGCUGAAGGCGGAAGUGCUAAAGCACACUUCCGUUCUGUACGGUCUCAUCUCGAUCGCCGAGCGGGACGAACUGUCGGAGCGAUGCUAUCGUGAGCUGCAGCGCGUCUACCAUGGCAUACAGCAGAAGGAAAUCUGGGCGAUGAAAGUGCUGGAUGCAUCCGGUAGCCAGGAGUCCGGCUUCAUGUGGGGUCACAAUCAUUGGAUCGGCUCAGAGAAAGGCUGUGAGUCCACGCGUACGCCCCUAUCGAUCACGCUCUCCGAUCGGUACCGGCGCAACAUGAAGCGCAAUCUGGUCACUGCCCUAGCGCCGUUCGAACUCGACUAUCGGAUCGUGUUCGCCAAGCAUCAGUCCGCGUGGCAGGUCGACGUAAAGUUCCAGAGCGAGAACAUUCUCCACAUCGGCGUGUGCAUUCCGCGAUCGUGCACAAACGACGAGUUGCACAAUCUGACCGCGCGUUACUUCGACGAGAACCUCGUCCUGGCGCAAGACAUCUACGAGUUCAAGCCGAACGUGCUGCACGUGAAGAGCACCACGCUCGACCGUGCCUUCUGGUCGAAGCCGAGCGUUUUCAUCAUCGGACUCUCACUCACCUUCACGUUACUGAUGGUCUAUUUGGCCCAUAGCAGAGAACAGCGCUUAAUGGAAGAAAAGAACAAUAAUCACACGUCCGGUGUAACGACUGCGUCGGAAGCCAGUGGCGAGUUGGCCGAAGACAGUACCUUCCUUGAUCGUAUGAUCGAUAGCUUCAACCUGCGCAAGAACCUGAACACAAUCUUCCGCACCGACACGGGACCACAGUCGUUGCCCGUCAUUUGUGGGAUGAAAUCGAUCUGCUGCUUCCUGAUUCUGUGCUUCCACAUGCAAUGGUACACCUUCUACACCGUGCACAAUCCCUCGGUAAUGCUCCACUACGCCGAGCAGAUACGGUACCAGCUGGUCAGUAAUGCGCCCCUGCUGGUGGACGUCUUCUUCGCCAUCAGUGGCUUUCUGCUGAGUUACAACUUCAUCCGCAACCGGUCCAAAGUGCAGGAGGUCAAGGCGAAUACGCUCUGGGAAAAUGGCAAGCUGUACGGCAAGAUGCUGUUGCAUCGCUACCUCCGCCUUUCGCCAAUGUACCUGUUUGUGACGGUGUUGGGCGAGCUGACGCACAGCUACAUCGUGGAGACGUCCAAGUUUUGGGUCCACGAGCGAUCCGAUCUCGGCUGUCAGCGGUACUGGUGGCGCAAUCUGUUUUACAUCCAGAACCUCUACCCGGUGGACGACUUCUGUCUCAGCUGGACCUGGUCGUUGGCGUGCGAGAUGCAGUACUACAUGCUGUUCACCGUGCUGCUCUUCGUCUACGCCAAGAGCGCAAAGUUCGGCAAGAAGGUGUUUGGUAUGUUCGCGAUCGGCACGCUGCUCUUCAACAUUGCGCUGACGUUGAACCAUCGCUUCAUACCGUCGUACGACGUGCUGUACAACACGGGCGAUGCCCUCUACACGGCGCCCUGGUCUCGAGUGUCUCCGUACGUGGUCGGGGUCUACUUUGGAUGGCUGGUGGCGUCGAGUCGUGACAAGUUCACCAUCACACAGAAUCAAUACCGGUGGUACUGGCUGUUGGCGUGCUUCUGCGUGACCUUCAGCAUGCACUCCACGAUCAAGCGCAACUUCCCAUUCCCGAUUGCCUCGACCGUCAUGGUGGCCGUACGGUGGCUGAUCUCGUGGGCUGCUUGCUGGGUGAUACUAGCCACCGGAACUGGCUACUCGAAUGUUGUAACGCGUGUGCUUUCUUCAAAAUUCUUCGUUCAUAUCAACAAACUUACGUACGGGAUCUAUCUGCUGAAUCCACUAAUCAUCAUCGUCACCUUCGGCGUCUCCGAUUCCAGUGCCCACGCCGACCCUAUACCAGCGAUCGUAAUGGCGUUCGGCGUAACAGUGCUUUCCUACCUAGCAGCGAUCGUGUUUUCCGCCUUCUUCGAGAUACCGUACUGUAGAAUUUCGAAUGAAAUCCUAAAGCUCAACCGUAAGGUCUCCUCCACCACCACCAUUCGGCCUUCCCCCACGAUCGUCAGCGAACCCAAACACCCACCGUGUCCUCCGGUGAUCGAGAGUGAAGGAAAGGUUAAGUGA